UAAGGUGCGGCGAAAAUUCGGUGGGCGCGGGCAGUCUCUUUAUGACCUCAAGGCUCAUGAUGUUCGCCGCCGUGGCCGUAUACUCGGCGCCGUCGACGUUCAUAUGGGCGGCCUCGGUCUUCCUUCCGAAGCUGGGUUGGGAAAGUUGACCUACGGUUCAGAUUUACCUUCUUAAUGAGGCCCACCUGAAGAAUGAGUGGUGCGUGAUUCUUCGGUGAGGUAGAGUCAGGUAACGGCGCACUUAAUGGGAUGGCUUGGAUCCCGCGUGCGUGUGAGUGCGGGUGGGCGGUAAAACACCACCUGCCCAACAUUUAUUAUAGCUCGAAAGAGCCUCGAGCAUUGGUCGUGCAGGCAGAAAAGAAGAAGGGAGGAGGCAAUCAUCCAAACAGGCCCUUAGCCUGUUCUUAUUCUUUGCUCUAUGUUAUACUUUGCAGAAAUUGGGGUAGGCACUCCUCCAAAGAGCUAUUAUGUGCAAGUCGAUACUGGAAGUGACAUUCUUUGGGUGAAUUGUAUUGGAUGCAGGCGGUGUCCAAGAAAAAGUGACCUUGGUAUCAAACUUACACUAUAUGAUCUCAAGGAAUCCUCGACUGGAUCUGUGGUUACGUGUGACCAACCUUUUUGCACCUCUGCAUUUGAUGGCCAAAUACCAGGGUGCUCCUCAGACGUACCAUGCCAGUAUAGCGUGUUGUAUGGAGAUGGAAGCACGACUACCGGGUACUAUGUGCAAGAUACAUUAGAAUAUAACCUUGUGACUGGAAAUCUCCAAACAGCUCCAGCCAAUGCAACUGUUGUAUUUGGGUGUGGUGCUCAACAAUCUGGAGAUUUAGGUUCGUCAAGUGAAGCAGUUGACGGAAUACUCGGUUUUGGACAAGCAAAUUCAUCGAUGCUUUCACAGUUAGCUUCAGCUGGAAAAGUGAAGAAGAUGUUCGCUCAUUGCUUAGAUACUGUAAAUGGAGGUGGAAUAUUUGCUAUUGGACAUGUUGUGCAGCCCAAAAUGAAAACAACACCAUUGGUACCGAAUCAGCCACAUUACAAUGUGAACUUGAAAGCAAUUGAAGUUGGUAAUACUGUAUUAAACCUUCCUACUGAUGUAUUUGAGAGCGGAGACAGAAAAGGGACAAUAAUUGAUAGUGGUACAACCUUGGCUUAUCUUCCAGAUGCAGUUUAUACGCCAUUAGUGGAUGCGAUUCUAGCUAGCCAACGAAGUUUGAGUUUACAAACAGUCCAGGAGUUUACAUGUUUUCAUUUUAGUGGAAGUGUAGAUGAUGGAUUUCCACCAGUCACUUUACAUUUUGAGGAUUCUCUUACAUUGACGAUUUAUGCUCACGAGUAUCUAUUCCAAAUCCGAGAGGAUGCUUGGUGUCUUGGUUGGCAAAAUAGUGGGAUACAAUCUAAGGAUGCAAAAGAUAUGAUUCUUUUAGGAGAUCUAGCGUUAUCGAACAAGCUAGUCUUUUAUGAUCUCGUGAAUCAAACAAUUGGAUGGGUUGACUACAACUGCUCCUCAAGCAUCAAAGUGCAGGAUGAAAAGACAGGAGCAGUAUAUACCGUAGGUGCCCAUAAUAUUUCCUCUGCUACCUGUAUGGAGUUUGGAAUUUUCACGGUAUUGUUAUUACUAACAUCCAUGGUGCUCAAUUUAUUUUUUUGAAUUGUUGCACAUGAUGGGAUGGCAUGGCUUUUGUUGUUUCAUUAUAAUUAUAUUCUUUCAAUAAAAAAAGAAAAAAGUAAAAAAGAAGAAGAGAAAAGUGUGCUUGCUAC